CAUUCAGAUAACCGCCUUUAGUCAAGCUUUGCGGUCGGUUCAGUGCAGUCGCGUUUCCUCUCUGCUGGUGAGAAUUGUGUGCCGUACGCAAGCCACAGCGAGAUUGUCUACUUUAUUUUUGUUUAGCAACUAACGGUUCCCCCGGCCUGCUACGUAUGUCGUGUGUGUACUGUUUCAAUUCGCGAGACUUUCAAGUGAAGGAAAACAACAAGUUUGCAAAACUACGUGCGUGCAAGUGUGAAUUUUACCAUAGCAGACUGGCCAAAAUCGCUCGUGGGCCCCGAGCAAAGGAGUUACUUCGAAAGAUUUACCAAAUAGUUUGUCGAAACGUCACCAGUUAUAUCCGCAGUCGAUAGCCAAGUGAUUGUGUAACCGACCGACACUCUGUACGCGAAUUGCCUUGAAGCACGGUGUGUGAAGUGUAAGUUCAAUCUUCAUGGUUCUUUCCGAUCGGUCGAAACGCGGGCUAUAGUAAACCAUUGGAAAUCGGACGACCUUGCACUUUUACGGCGAGAACUGGUCCUGCUGCAAUCUGUGAUUGUGUCCAGUUGUUACCGGUGCAAACCCAUCGACCGAACCGGACGCCUAUAGAAGUGCACCGCAAAUAGCAGCAGCCUCACCAUGGCUGAAGCCCAUUCAGCUGUUGCGUUUUCAUUCUCCAUCACUCACGAGGGAUGGCAUCUGAACUACGACCGGGAAGUGCUGGAUCUGGUGUGGCAGUCCGGUGUACGCUCGUGGAAGAAGCGAUUGGCGCGAUUUCGGACCGGAGUCCGUAACGGCGUGUACCCAGCACACCUACAGAGCCUAUGGUUAGUGAUAGCCGUUGCCAUUGCCCUGCAUUUCACACAACGACAGGUUCCAUUCAACUUAGUUAAUAAAUGUCUAGGACUAUUACCAGGAGACACAGUGGGCUAUCAGGUGGCGGCAUGUGGUUUAGCAGGACUUCUCUUCUGGUUGUGCAUUUGUUACACAAUGCGAUACUCGUUGAAGCUGCUGUUAAUGUACAAAGGUUGGAUGUACGAAAAGAGGGCACCGGGUAGUAAGGUUUCCCUGCCGACGAGAGCGUGGGCACUUUUUGUUAAGGUAUUAGCAACAUGGAACAAACCGGGUCUGUACAGUUUUCAAGGUUCUCUACCCCGGUUGCCUCUGCCGGCCGUGAAAGACACAAUGACAAGGUAUCUACGAUCCGUGCGGCCCCUGCUGGACGACAGUAACUAUAGUCGCAUGGAGAGGCUGGCAAAGGAGUUUCAGGAUGGUAUCGCCACCAAACUGCAGUUCUAUUUGGUCUUGAAAAGCUGGUGGUCAACGAAUUACGUGUCCGAUUGGUGGGAAGAGUACGUUUACCUGCGCAGCCGUGGAGCCUUGAUGGUGAACAGUAACUUCUACGGAAUGGAUGCUAUUUUUACAAAACCGACAACUGUCCGUAGUGCUCGUGCAGCUAACGUCAUCAAUAUGCUGUUGCAGUUCAGGCGAACCGUUGAACGGCAGGAGCUGGAACCUAUUCUGGUGCAAGGGCUGGUGCCACUGUGCUCUUGGCAGUACGAACGCAUUUUCAAUACGGUGCGUGUUCCAGGAAUUGAAACCGACAAAAUUGUCCACUACCAGGAUUCCAAUCACAUUGUAGUGCUGUUCCGAGGUUGCUACUACAAAGUUGUUAUUUAUCACAACGGUCGCAUUCUACGUCCGUGUGAAAUUCAAAUUCAAAUUGAGGAGAUUCUACACAGUCACGAUAAACCCCAGCCAGGAGAGGAGCUACUAGCUUCGUUAACCGCCGGUGAUCGUACCAAGUGGGCAAAAAUCCGAGAAUCAGUAUUUUUAAAAGGUGUCAACAAGACCUCGCUGCACCUGAUCGAGAGUUCUGCCUUUGUGCUGUCACUGGACGAGCAGCCGUUCGAAUUCGAUAUGGCACAUCCGGAGAAAUUGGAUCAGUUCGGAAGAAACUUGUUGCACGGAAAUGGGCACGACCGAUGGUUCGACAAGAGUUUCACCGUUUGCAUAGGAAGCAAUGCUAGGGUCGGAUUUAACGCCGAACAUACUUGGGCGGACGCAGCAGUGAUGUCACACAUCUGGGAAACGUUUAUCAUGGAAGAAGCUCAGCCGCGGGCCGAUGCACCUGUACUGGCACACGUGUGGGAGAACAUUGUAGCAGAGGAGCAGAUACAAAAACGAUAUGACGAAAACGGAAACACGCUCGGCAUUCCCGAGUUUGAGCCGCCGAAACCGAAGCGGCUGGCAUUCGAUCUGGAUAACAGUGUAGCGCUGGACGCUAUUCAGGAGGCUCACCUGGCUGCGCAACAGUUACUAAACGAUGUCGAUUUACGCAUUUUUGUCCACGAUGCGUACGGAAAAGGAUUGAUGAAAAAGUGUCGCCUAUCGCCGGACGCUUUCCUACAGAUGGCUUUACAACUGGCUUAUUUCCGUGAUGCCGGCAAGUUUUCGUUGACCUACGAAGCAUCGAUGACCCGCCUGUUCCGUGAGGGUCGUACCGAAACCGUCCGUCCCUGUACAAUCGAAUCAGCCGCCUGGGUGAAGGCCAUGGAGGAUCCAAACUGUAGUGUGCAAGAACGAGUCAAAUUGCUGAACGCGGCUUGCGAUCGUCACCAGCUAGGUUACCAGGAUGCCAUGUGCGGCAAGGGUAUUGAUCGACAUCUGUUCUGUCUGUACGUGGUUUCCAAGUACCUAGAACUGGAUUCGCCAUUCCUGAAGGAGGUACUCAGUGAACCAUGGCGACUGUCCACUAGUCAAACACCGCACGGCCAAACGGCUAAGAUGGACCUAAAAAAGCAUCCGAAUUGUAUCAGUGCAGGUGGCGGUUUCGGUCCUGUAGCCGACGAUGGUUAUGGCGUGUCCUACAUCGUAGCUGGCGAAGACUUGAUAUUCUUCCACAUUUCAUCGAAAAAAUCUUGUCAGACUACGAGCUCGGAACGUUUUGCGCAGCAGAUCGCCAGAGCGUUGGCAGAUUUGAAAUAUUUGUUCGAGCAAUACAGAAACCAACAGCAGAAGAAUGUCUCCAACGGAACGGCAGCAGUAGCAAACUAAACACGUUGACCGAUCUCAGUUCUUGGAUAAGUUGAUCGAAUGUUCAUAGGAAAACAGCAACAUAAACAACAUAUCCACCCUUUCUGUGAAUACAACAGGUCACAGUAGGCCAGGCCUCCAAAACCGUCAUCUUGUAGCCGGCUGCUAAUUUAUGCAAUUACUACUAUGUCUGUUCGGUUAUAGAUAGCUAUCACUUGUUUUUAGGUACUGAACUGUAAACUUAUAUAAUUUAGAUAGAUCUUUUACUCGUUAAGUUUCGAAGAUGAUGUUGAUAUUAGACUGUAGACCAGGAGAAUAGAACAGAAAACUAAACCCAUAUCUUUACCAGAAUCCCUGAUUAUUUAAUUUUUGAUUGUCGGUUACUAGAGCAAUGAAAACUGAGAAGCUUUGUUGUAAUUAGACUGUUGUAUUAUAUUAGGGAAAUAAAAGCAAUCUAACUAAAUAGCAAACCUUUUCCUUUUCAGGUGUACCCAUUCAGAAAUACAUCAAAUUUUUAUAUCCAGCAAAAAACUCUGUUUUUGAACAAUUUUGCAUAUAUUGUCUGUGUUCACGGGCGAAACGAUUUAAUUUAAAUACAAACUAAUACCAAAAAAAUCGGGGAAAAAACUGAGCACCCUCAGGGAAAACGACUUUAGAGAUCUAUGAAAUCAGAAAACAAAAAUUAAACAGCUUGAAAGUAACACAGUCAUGAACGAAAAAUUAUUGCCGGAAUCGAGGCAAGCAAGCAAUGCAAUUUACCAAGAAAAAAAAACUAUGUAUAUGAUAUUUUAAGUGAAAAAAUGUUCAGUAGAAUAUAUUUUGUCAAAUCCGAGUGAAUGCAAAUUCAAUAGUUAAUACUCGGCUAUAGCAAAUGUGAGAGUAGAUUCAAUAAAAUAAUAAUAGGUAAAA